CACAAGGUCCAAAAUGAGACAUCUGAUGUGAGGCAGGUCGAAGUCCCUUAUCAAAGACGCAAAUUUCGCAUUAUCUGAAAACAUUUUGAUAUCCGUGUGUAUGUGCUGAAUUUGAAAAGACUCAGUGGCGGUCUGUUGUAUAUGAAAAGUUACGGGAUUUCUCAUGGUGUACCUUUGUUGUGGGGAGUCAACUGUAACACCUGAACUAGCUUCCAAAAGUGCAAGGCUUUAAUUAAACAGUAAACAACUUCAUUAAAGUGUUAUGAAGUUCAGCUAAGAUGACACACGUGUAGAUAGGUUCUCUGGACUUGCAUCAAGAUGGCAGAUAGGAGGCAAGGUGAUAUUUCAGGCUUCUCGCCACAGUCGAGAAGCCCAGGCAGAAGAUGCCCCUCAGCAAGCUCAAGAGUCUCUGCUAACAGCCUGGAAUCAGAUCCGCACACUUAUCACCUGUUACGCCAAGUUUUCACUGACCAGACACUGUCUUCUGAGGCUGGGUCUGGGGGAUUAGAGAAAGCUCUUGGACUACAUAACCUUGAUGAUCACAUAGACAAGGAGUUGCAUAGCUCAUUGGCAGCAUGUGGAAUUGUCAAAGAUGAAAGCUCCACUGUUACUGGUCGAAUAGGCCCUGCAGUUGUCGUGUUUGAUACAAGCUCCAGUGUGGGCAGAGUCUUAGAAGAGCCAGACAGACUUUCUAUUUCAAGUCACAGUAACUUCAGCACUACAAGGGCAAACUGCUGUGUAUACAAAGGGAAAUGGUUGUAUGAAGUGAUGCUGGGGUCAAAGGGUGUCAUGCAGUUGGGAUGGUGUACUUUGCAGUGUAAAUUCUCACAGGAGGAGGGUGUGGGUGAUACAGUUGAUUCUUAUGCUUAUGAUGGCAGCAGACUGAGAAAAUGGAAUGUAAGAACCAGAAAAUAUGGAGAGAGUUGGCUGUGUGGUGAUGUGAUAUCUUGUGCUAUAGACUGUGAUAAUGGGAAAAUAACUUUUUACAGAAAUGGGCAUUCUCUUGGUGUGGCCUUUGAAAAUGUCAAAACAGGACGUGGGUAUGCAUACUUUCCAGCUGUUAGCCUCUCACAGCAAGAGAGUGUUAGGGCUAACUUCGGAGCCACGCCCAUUAGGUAUCCUGUGGAUGGCUACCUACCUUUACAGAUUCCACCUCAGGUAGAUCUAAUCAAAGCCAAUCUGUUGAUUAAAUACUUGGAUAAUCUGCUCCCUAUAUUAGCUGAGGCAGAGAAGUGUGAUGAGGCUAGGCUACUGGCAGGUAAAUACAAUGGCGUCCCAUUGCCUCAGGAGGAAACCAGAAGUAGACAGUCAACAUGUCUUCUUGUGGCAGCUCACAUAUUUGAAAGAUUUGCUCCUCUGCUCAAAAGUCCAUACAUUAUGGAAGCGUCUUUGCUGAAAUUCCUGUUGAAGCUGAAUGAAGCUGAAAAUGCUACGGAUCAGUCUGGCCAUUCCCAGGUUUUCAGGUUACUUGACCUGAUGUGGACAUUUAUGCAGGAUUCUGAACUCAAAGGCUGUUUGGAGAAUUUGGCCAUAUCUCUCCUUUCAGCCUACAGAUUUGCUCCGGUCACUACUGAUUUCAAAUUGCAGAAAACAUAUCUUCUUCUUGCAUUGACCUUGUUGAGGCAUCAAACGACGAGAAGAUAUCUUCUAACCAAUGUUCUAUUCAACAAAAUUCGCUUUCCUGUAUUUCUGUAUGUAAAACCUUUGGAUGAAGCUGGGCUUAUUGAGGCAAUUCCAACUGUAGACUGGAAUCAUCAAAAAGUGCUGGGUGUGGAGACAACCACUGAUUCUACUCGCCAUGGGGAUGAUACAGGGAAGAACAGCGAAUACCUUGAUGCUUGUGACAGACUGCGCCAAAAAAUAGAAGAAAUUGAAGAUAUUCAGGUGGAGAUGUUGAAAACCCUGCUUAUUCACAGUGAUGUCAAGGAAGGUACCACAACAAGGAUGAUAUUUCUGUCAAAGUUCAGAUUGUAUCUCAAAGAGAACACAGGUAGCAGUCAUCUACCUCCUGUGAAUGCAUGUCCACUCUCUGUUUCCCUGUGUUUUUUCCAUCGACUUGUACGAGCAAUAAGGUUUUACUGGGAUGAAUUUGUUCUAGAGGACCCAAAGGUUUUUGUCUACAGCAAAGAUGCUUUCCUACCUAUGCAAUACUUUUUCCAAGACUCCAUUGACUACUUUGAUUUCCAAAGAUGUGGAGGGCUGAUGUCACACCUAAAUAAAACCUUGGGAUCGAAGGUAAAUCUAUCCCAGGGUUUGACAGUACUAGACUCAGGACAAGUGGUGCAGUGUAAGAGUGGUAAACCUACAGCGUCAUUACCUGCAUCUUCAGCUACUAAUAAACACACAGGAGCUGAGGGUGGCAGUCUGGCUACCAGUUACCCUGACUUGGAGAUGCCCUCGGGAAACUCUCUCAUGGAACUACUGGAUGGACUGAUUAUUCUGUAUCAUAUAGCUGCCCAUAAACAGCUGAGUAAGACUUGCACAUUUCGAGACAGUUUGAAAGAGUAUGUUACUUCUUUGGAAGAAACAACAAAGAAGCUGAAACUUUGUCCUGCAGAUGAGAAGUUUUCCGAGAUCCGCUCAGAGCUUGAAAGAGCAAGAUCUGUGUUUACUGAGAGGCUUUCAGAGCUGACACGGCAAAUGAGCUGGUUCAUAGCUGUCACUUACUCUAAGAAUAAGCAGACUGACAUCCGCUGGGUGUUCCAAGUGGUACUGCAGACAAUUGAGAAGGCUACAACAUAUGUGGACUUGUUCCAGUUCAUGCCAGAAUUCUACAUAGAUGUGUGCAUUAACACAUACAAUGCCCUGAGGCAUUAUUUCCAUCCGACAGUUGCCUUUGAAAAACUGGAAGGACAUCUGGAUUUAUUGAGGCGAUACGGGAUGUUCUUAGUAAAUCAUUUUGCUGACGCUCGGAUUGUUAAUGCUGAUGUUCGGGACAAUAUUGUGCAGGCCUUGGCUUGUUUCACAUGCUACCCUCAGUCACUGCAGACUCUGGAGAACUUGCCCUAUGAAAAGAGGCGCAGUUUGAUCACAUGUUUGGUGGCUCCAUACGAGAACAGAUCAUGGGCACAAACAAACUGGAUUCUGGUUCGAAUUUGGAAGGGUAAUGGGUUUGGAUUUCGAUACACUCACCUGCCCCACCUGGUGCCCUCAAAACAACAACCUACUGAAUUUGGAAGUGCUAGUUUACAGAAGCCAUGUCCUUCACGAAUAUUCCAGGAGCUCCUAGCCUCAGUUCUCAUUCAGAACCCAGAAACAGCAACCAAGUUCCUUGAUACAGUGCUAAAUCAGCUCAACUGGUCAUUCUCAGAGUUCAUCGGAAUGAUGCAAGAGAUUCAACAAGUUGUGUCUCGACCAGAAAUUCGAAUUCUUGAUACAAGACAAAUCAAGAUCUGUGCAACAUGUUUUGAGAUUUCUGUCAGUUUGAUGCGGGUUGUUGAGAUGGUAGCUAAUGUUGCCCCUCAGCUAUUUACUGACUGGAAAUUCUCAUCAGCAGAGCUAUUGCUAGGAAGACUCCUUCAGCUCCUUUGUCAAGUGUUGAAUCGAGUCACGAGCCGUGGAGGAAUGUUUGAAAAUGUCGUCUCCCUGUUACUUCCAGGCUUGGAAAGUGUGACACAUCUCCCUAUUGUGGCAGCAGCUGUGGGAAUCCUAAUUCAGCUCGUUCUCAAAUCUUCUGGAAAAGGGCAAGAGCGGGUGACCCAUUGUUUGUGCACAGAAGCUGGAUUCCAACUUUCAUCAUUGGAGUUUUUACUUGGUGGCACAGGACAAGAAACAACUAACACCGACAAGAAGGUCUUUACUUUCAGAUCGUACAAAGAAGUGGACACAUCGGAGGUGGAGAUGGUAGAGUCAUUGAUCACUCACAUUCGAAAAUACCAGAACACAGCCAGUGAGCAGGCACAGCCGGUGAGAGAGGAAGAUUUAUGUACUAUUUGCUAUGCAAAUCCACAAACUGCUGUCUUUCAACCGUGUGGACACAGGUCAUGCAGGAAGUGCAUCCGGCAGCAUUUGAUGAGCAAAAAAGAAUGUUUCUUCUGCAAGCUGAUCAUUACCGGAGUAUUGGAUGUUCAUGGACUACCUAUACAAUAACAGUCAUAGAAGGUUAAUCUGAAAUUUAAAACAGAAAGGUUAGCAUAUAUGUUCUAUGUAAUGUGCUUAAAUUUUUAACUUCAUUUAACUUAAAAAAAAAUAUUAUUAAAUGGUGGUGUUGUUUUACAGCAGGCUAUGCAAUUCUAAGAUGUAGACAUUCUAUGUUGUUAUUCUAUCUUAAAUGGUCUUUCUACCACCGGAUAUAUCUUCUCGUCAGUGCAUUUAUAUCACAUUUUCAGUUUUAUAUUGUAGUUCAAAAAAUGUAUGAACAUUUAUAGAGAAAUAUCACUACCUGUUCAUAGCUUAGCCAAACAACAUAUCUGCCUUUACACUUAUGUAAAUAUUCACAUAUGUACAUAAAGUGAGUGUUAAGAGUGGUAAUGCCUUAGGUGUACUUAAAAACACUUUUUCAUUGCAAUGCUUUGUAUAUUUAUUGUUUUCUUUUGGUAUCAAAUCAUCUGAGAGAUAUGUAUAGUAGUUAUAUAAAUUUUGGCUCUGUGUGCAUGUUGGUGGGUGUUUUCUUUAUUUUAAAUUCCUCCUAUAUUUCAUCAGCAUCAUCUGAUUUUACAAGUUCCUAUUUAGAUUAAAUACUAAUGGCAGUGCUUGAUCUCUGUUCUAUACAAGUGGAAUGUUUUUUCUUUUCAAGAUUUCGUGAUAGAAUGCAUUUAAUUUGUUCUUUUAUGGAUACAGAGAAGAUUUUCAUUAUAUACAUGUUGUCACGGUAACAAUUUUUCAUGUGAAUGUGGCUUAUUUUUAAAAUUUUAGAGCUUUGCAAUUUAAAACGUCUACAUAUAGCAUGUUAUGAUGCUGUGUAAUAUUGCACAAGUCUAAAAGUCUUCAGAAGUUUUUGGGAUACAGUACAAUGCCAUGAUUUAAAAAAAAAAAAAAUUCAGAACAUUUUCAUUAUCAGCUCAUUGCUGGCUGAGAGGGUUAAAGCAUUGACUGAGAGGGUUAGAGCAUUGACUGAGAGGGUGCUGGCUGAUUCGAUGACGGGUUUGAGUCAGGAAGUUUGCCCUUUACCUGGCUGAGAGAGGGAGAUUACUCUGGGUGCUCUGCUUUCCUCCACCUGUGAACUGGACAGCUGUCAUGUAUAUGUAUAUAAUGUUAGUAAAAAAUGCUGGGGUAUUAAACAUCAAUCAAAUAAAAAAUGAACAA